AUGGGAAGUGAUUCUAUAGGUGAUAAUGCGCGCGAUUCGAACGCUCACGAAAUACCUAUACCUGAGGACGAGAGUAUGUCCGGCGAAUCUCGACACUCCAACAUGAAUAAUAACGAAGAAUCUAACUCAGGAGGGGCGAAUAAAAGAGCGAGGGAGUCAGACUCUACGAAUGGAUGGACUUAUGUUGGUAGACACGGCAAAAGAAGGGCCAGAACGUACACAGAGAAGAACACUGAAGAAGAAAAUACAAUAGAAGUGGGAAUUUACUCUAAGGAGUCGAUUCCAAAACAGUUUCAGUUGGCUAAAUUGCUUCGUAGCGAAAAUAUUACUGACGUCACUAGAAUUAGAUACGUUAAUCCAUACAAAGUCCGUAUCCAAUUUAGUAAUAUAGAAAGCGCUGAAAAACUGGUUUCGUGUAAUACCUUUUUAGAAAAAGGAUGGAGAAUACAAAAAACUUAUGAAGUGGGGAUAUCAUAUGGGAUAAUUAGAAAUGUAGAAAUUGAGUUACCUGAAGAAGAAAUUAAAGAAAACAUACGCACAGAACACGAACUAGUGUCAGUGAAAAGACUCAUGCGAAGAAAUGAUGACGAAACUGGAUGGUUACCAAGCGAAACAAUUCGCCUUGGAUUCAAAGGUACGGCAGUGCCUCCAUAUGUAUAUGUUUGCGAUAUGAGAAUCCAAAUCGAAAAGUUUGUUUUUUCAGUCACGCAAUGUACCAAAUGCUGGCGUUUUGGCCAUAGCAAAAAUAAUUGCCCAAAUAAAAAAAUUAUAUGCCCGAAAUGUACAGGAAAUCACGAUAAUUGCGAAACUACGAAUUUCAAGUGCGUUAAUUGCUCAGGCCCACAUUGGUCACUGAAUAAGUCAUGUCCGAUCUACAAAAAAGAGAAAAAAAUACGUGAAAUAAUGUCACAGUUUAAUGUUACUUACAAAAAAGCUUCAACAAUGUAUGCUCCGCCAUCUCCGCCGAAUCAAAAAGAUUUUCCCAAAUUUGCAUCCUGUGAUACUGACCUAUCUCAUGCCGAAUCUAUGGAAUCUCUACCUCAAAGAAGCUAUGCCGAAGCUGCUAAAGAAAAUUAUAGUGAUGAACCUAAACCUACAACUUCUCGUCGAGAUGAAUCCAACAAGAAGAAAAAGAGGAAAGGUAAAGAAAAGAAAGAUAGGGAAUUUGAAGAGGAUGAUUUUUGUAACAGAAGAGGAGAUACGGAAGACAAUCUUGCACAAAGUGGAGAUGAAGAGACAACUAAAAAGAAAGCCUCUUGUGCUGAACUACUUGAAAGAAUUGCUGAAAUAUUAUUUAUGAAGUCAUAUUCUACAACGAAGAAGACUGUAGAAGUGUUAAAACUAAUAUGGGAAUGGUUUUUAACUUUUGCUGAAGAUAAAUUUCCUAGCCUUGCUCUAAUUAAACAAUUAUUUAAUAAAUUUAAUGGAAAGUAG